AUGGUUGGCAUCAAGUCACUAUUCAAAAAGAAGGAAGUCACCAAUGAAAAAGACAGAAGAAAAUCUGUUGCUUUCAUAGCUUCACCACGUUCCAAUACAACAACCACAACCUCUCCAGUCAUUCACAAUUCCUCCUCUGAAAUAUCAUCCUCCGAAAUACCAAGCAGCAGUAAAACGCCAAGAAGUAAUACAAUUGCUGGUUCUCACAGUCAACAACAUCAUGUUGCUGUUUCAACAGCAAAUUCCUCAUCAUUGAAUCACUCACAGGGAGAUGUUUCGAAUAAUACUUCAGCAGCAACAUCAUCAUCCAAUAAUUCCUCACCAAGUAGAAAUACCAAUAGAAGAAGACAUCAGAAACGUAGAAAGAGUAUCUUUGACUUUUUCAAGAGAAAGGACUCACAGAUGGAUGAAGAUUCUGAUUCGGAUGAUGGUGAUAUUAAUUCAUCAUUUGAAACAGCAACACAUCAACAGGGUUCUAAAUCACAUGCAAUUUUGAUGGGUGGAAAUUCGUUGGGAAAAUUGGAUUUGUCUGAAGUGAGUAAAUCACAACCAGGCAGUGUUGGUGUUGGUGGAGAAUCAACUGCUGCCGAAGCACAUCAUGAGAGAGGUAUAAGUGAGGAAAGAGUUGCUCUCAGAAGAAGAAGUGGAAGAAAAUCCUAUACCUUGGCAAUGGAUGUUCAAAAUAUGGCCCUGAAUGGUGAUGAAGAUGCUAAAUUAUUGUUAAAAUUCUAUAAGGAUGCCUACACAAGAGAAACACAAAUUCAGAAAAACAAAGAUUUUGGUAAAUUUGUGGCAGAUUUGAAAAAUCUUGAAAGAAAGAGAGGAAAUAGUUUAUUCUCUGGAGCACCAGAAGAUCCACAACUCCUUUCAAAAAUUGUUAAUGAUAACAGUCCAACCCCAACAGCCAAUAAUAUUUCAACAACACACGAAGAGGAAACUACUCAUAACAGUCAUACUGCAACAGAUGAAUCAACACACGAGGAUACUGAUUCAAUGACAUCUGAAUCUACAAAUAAUGCUUCAACAGUUCAUCAUCAUACUCAUUCGACAGAUAGUGCAUCUGUGACAGAUAGUACUCACUCCCCAGUGCCUGGUUUAAACGUUCCAGGAUUUUCCGAUUCACAAAUGUCCCUCUACCAAAAAUUGAAAGCUAAAUCUGAACAAGAAGAUAAGGAACGUGAAGAGGAACAUCAAAGAGAAAUUGAGGAAAGAUUGAGAAAGAAGAAGGAAUUGGAAGAAAAGAUGAAAAUGCUCAUGGAUGAAUCUGAUUCUGAUUUGGAUUCCACACGUUCUAAAAAAUCUGCCAGAGAUCAAUCCUCUCAGCAAUCUGACUCGUCACUAAUGUUACAACAACGUAAAUUGGAACAAGAAGCUGCAUUGAAGAGAGAACAAGAACAAGCUGAAUUGGAAAAGGCAGAAGAAUUAAGAAAACAAAAAGAAUUGGAAAGAAUUGAAGAAGAAAAUAGAUUGGAAAGGGAAAGAAUCGAAGAAGCCAAAAAGAAGGAAGUUGAAGAAAGGAUUCGUCUCCAACGUUUACAAGAAGAAGAAGAAGAUAGAAGAGCAAAACAGGAGCUCGAUGAUGAAAAGGAAAGACUAUCCCAACAAUUUGCCAAUCUCAUGUCCGAAAUGAAUGAAUCUGGAAAAUUAGGAGAGUGGAUCAAAUCUGUAGAAUCUAAAAUGUCACUUGUUUCCAUGCUCAAGACUGAAUUGAAGCAAGCUAAAGAUUUGAAUCAUAAUCAAUCCUCAAAGAGAACAGAAUUCAACUCGAGCCUGAACUUUCUCAUUGAAAAACAAAAAGAUCCAGAGAAAUUCUUACAACCUUACGAAAUUGAACUCAUGAAGGAACGUAUAAAGAAUAUUUAUCCAAUCUACCUGCCAAAGUCAGAGGUAGAGAAGAUGGAUGAACAAAUCAAACAAAUUGAAGUCACAGAAAAGAAGAAACGUGAAGAGGCUCAAUUACGUUUAGAACAAGAAGCAGCUGAAAAGCUCAGAAAGGAAAAGGAAAGACAACAAAUGAUCAUUCUUCAAAGACUGAUUAAGGAUGGUAAUGUUAGAGUUAUUUGUGAGGAAUUGAAAAAGAAUAACCCAAUGCUCAAAUCUGUAAAUUUACAAAACAAGAAUAUUUCAAACGAUGAUGUUGAAGAGUUAUCGAAUGCAAUUCUCGAAAAUACUUGCCUUCAAGAGUUAGAUUUGAGUUUUAAUGCACGUAUUGACGACGAAUCUGUGGACUCUAUUGUAAAGAUUGUAAAACAAAAUCACACACUAAGAAAAUUAUAUUUGGAAGAUACAUUCAUUCAAACCAACCAGCCAAUCAUAGAUGCUGUAGCUGGAAAUUUCAAAAUGGUAGAUAUGGUUCUGUCAGAAUUUGCUACUGAUGAUCAAUUAGAUCAGCUCGACAUGUAUCUCGAUAGAAAUGAAGGAUUGUAA